AGCAAAGGACAGUUUUUUUGGGUAAAAAGUCUGCUGAAGCCUUUAAUACCAGGUCAAAAAAUAAAAGAAAUGAGUACAAGAAGGGGAAAUAACUCAAAGAAAGGACAGAAAUAUCAAAAUACAAAAGCAUUCAAGAAUGAUCUUUAUGACACAAGCAAGGGAACAAAGCAGAUUAACGGUUUGAUUGUCGGUGGUGUUUGCGCAAAAUGCAGAGAGAUCAUUGAAUGGAGGAAAAAAUUCAAGAAGUACAAACCUCUUACCGCUCCUAAAAAGUGGUAGGUAUGCUUAAAUUUAUAAGUAGUGGCCUUAUAAUUUGCCAUUGAUUUCACUGGUUACUUACCAGUAAAAUCAAUGACACUUUCUAUUAUUAAUUGCAGACUGCUAGUCUGCUCCACAGACGGAACUAAACUUCUUGAUAAGUCCAGCUGCGAAACAGCACCGAAAUCCUUGUUCUGGGCCCCCACCUGGCUACCAGGAUUUGAGUACAUUUCAUGAAUGGCCUGUUCAGAAAAGCCUUUGUUAAUAUGCCAAUCAGGUUGAAGGGAAAUUCAAAAGGCAUUUGUAGUGAUUUGUUUAAUGCUGUUGGGACUUUGGGGCUGCUUCGCAGAGGUUUAGAUUACCUCUGCAAUGCAGGCUACUAAAGUGCAAGCAGGUUGUUUUCAGUCAGUCAAGUCAGGCUUGGACUUGCAGAGAGCGAAAGGGGUAGAAGGGGAACUAGAGAUAGGUGGCCAUCUUCUCAGUUUUCCUUGAUCAGCUGGUCAUUGUUUUUUUGUUUGCUUCUGUCUAUCCUGUGGAAUUGCUCGCAAUUUACAAUGCGGCAUAACCCAUGUACUGUUAUGUUGGUUUUCAAUUUCCUGGAAAGUUUCUUAGAUAUUAUUGUCCUGGUUGGGGAGAAGUGGGGGGCAGUGGUGGGAUAGGUAUGCUAUACCACUAACUGUUCUGGACAAGAAAAGGAAGGUGAGGGUGGAAAACAACCAAGGAAAAUGAUGACCCUCUCAAAAUCACUUGAAAAAAGCUUGAUAUAGCUACAUGUAUUUCAGCUAGAUCUGUGUAAGGAACAUCAAGAUCUGCAAUUAUCAACGGGGCUUCAUUUUCUUAAUCUGCAAUCAGGUAGAUACAUUCACUCCAUGUGUUGUCUGCCGCCCCCUAACUAAGGCAUCUGUCAACAUUUGUGUUAUCAUAUCAGAUUUUACCGAAAAUUCAAGCAGUUUGCAACCAAGGCGGCUUUUAAAAAGUACAGGAAUUGAUUUUGUGGCAACAAAUCUUUCAUGGUCUUUCAUCAGUUUGAAAAAUUGUCAAUAAUUAUUGUUUUAUACAAUGCAGUUUAACUCAGUCGGAAAUCAAAGACAAUGCUCUUUGAGGUAAAUUCUGCCUGGUCCGAGCAAGAAAGCUUCGAAGAAGAAAUAUUGGAUAUCCUUAACCAGUGACAAAUAAUAACUUGUCCUCAUCAGCUGUCAAGGUUUUUUCCUCUGCAUUAUUGACUUGAUUCACUAAAAAAGCAUUAUUUAUUCUUUUUAAGACCUAGGUAGCUUAAUAACCUUAAGCGAUCAUCUCAGGAUUCUGUCAUGAAAACGCGAAGCUGACAAAGCAAGAAGUGAAUUAUGUUGUUUGUAACCAAUCGGUGCAGGGCUCUAAAGGAUCUUUUCUUUUUCAACCGAUCAGACAAAAGACCAGAUUCUGGACUACGGGCAAACAACACAUAAAGUAAAUGUAUCAGGUUAAUUUUCCCCUUGUCUCCUAAACAAAAGGGAAGAAGGACCGCCAGAUUGCAGGUUAUCAUUUUCUGCAAAACCCAACCUUAAGUAGGUACAUCUCAACCAAAACAGAGUCAAGAACAAGAUUUUCAAUUAUCAAGGAAUUUGACGAAGGAUUUUGUUUUCUACAAAAUGCUACCUGCAGUGGAGACCAGAGCUAAAAAUUGCUAGAAGCAGGGAUCUUAACCUGAGCUUUGUACACGUACCAUGCCUUUUUUCCUGGAUGUGUUACAAAAAAACUUGUAAAUGUAAAUAAUCAGAUCCAGCUGUUCUGUCCCACUUGCACUUAAAAGGACCCUGAGAUUAGCUAAGAUUUUCACGAUGCUUGCCAUGACUGUUUAAUAUACAGUACAGGCUCUUAGGUAGCUAGGAGAAAAGGGAUGCAUAUGAAUGGUGACAUUAUAAAUUAAUGUUAUUCACUUACAGUGUGAGAUGUGAACAGAAGACAAUAAAGCAUGCAUACCACACUGUUUGUUCAAGAUGCGCACAACAGGAAAAGGUGUGCGAAAAAUGUGGAAAGCCCCAGGAAAUAGUGGCAAAGUAAGAAUUUUUAAAAUUGACAAGCACUGCGAUAAAAAUCCACCUAUAAGACCGUACUGAUUAAAAUAGAGAAGUGAAAUGAAGACGUCAGAAAAACUAAAUUUGUGACUUUAUGGGACUGGUUACACUGUAGCGUAGGCCUGGAUCAUACAUGUUAUAAUCCAAGCCCAUUUUAUAAGGAAAUGUAUGAAGUCAUCAGCACAUAAAGGUGCUUAUAUCAUCCUGCCUAUUGGCACUAAAAGCCUCAUUUUGGCAAGGGGGCUUGUUCUUUCUGAAUAUGUCAACCAAUCCCACACAUGUAAUUUCUCAAGUUUGAAUUUGUUUUUUCACACUUCAAGUCUCUAGGCCUGAUGACUAACAUUCUGGCAUUUACAUAGGGUCGAGUCUCCAUUACUGUAUAGAGCCUAUUGAUCUGAAAAGUUUAUCCAGGUUACUAUCUUAGGUAGAACUUUUGCAUGUUGCUAUAAAUUAUUUUGUAGUAUUGAACACAAAUAAAAUUGGAUUUUACUUUUGUGAUUUUUUUCAUACCAUAAGGAGUGAAGGGCAAAAGGGAGAUAGUAGCAAAAUCAGCUAACUGAGUGUGUAUUCGUUUGUAGAUCUGAACCCAGUUCAGCAGAAAAAGCACAUGAAGACAGUAUGUUACAGCACGAAAUAAAAGCAAUGACAGAAAGGGAAAGAAGUGAGUCUGAUAUCAUUUUUAUGUGUACAUGUAGUACCUCGUUGCUCCAUUUCCCUUCUGGUGAACUACAAUAGGAAGGCUAUCUGCUAAAAAGGAUUCUGCUGAGUAGAUUGUCUAGGGUUCUUUGAAACAAAUUAUUGUCUCCUUGUGACAAGAUUUCGUUGAUUGUGUUUGUGAUCCACAGUGAUCCACAGCUGAUACAACUGGUUUGGUUCAUGGAACGACAGUGCCGCAAAACACAUGAAAGAACAUUGUCUUCCCCUGAAAAAAGUUCACUACCUUCCCAAAAUACUUAACCUUACAAGUGACAUGACAAGCAAAUGAGUAACUUACCAGCUGAAUUGUAGAAAAUAUUAAACUGUCCCUUGCACUCUUGUCCAACUUGCGACUUCAACCUCAUACAUAGCACUCAUGAAUGUCUAACCAAGAUGUCGCAGAUUCAAGAGUGCUAAGAAACUCUAUAACAAUAAGUUUAACGUCAUUUUCUUUUAAAGCGUGUUCAGAGAGAAUCAUAGACUUUCACUUUCUUAGCGAUCACAAAAUUCUUAGAUAAAAUUGUGGCUGCAAUUUUGCUUCGCUGCAUAGGGUGCUAGGCGGCCGGGACUGGAAACUGCUAAUAAACAGUGAAACAAACUUCCAAACAAAUUGAGUUCUCAGAUUCUUUCAAGACCAAAAUAGGUAGCCACCCUGUAUGGGCAGUAAAUAUUUCUUCACAGUGAUGAAUUUAAAGUUAGGAACCAAAUUCCAAAUCUGUGUUUUGAAUUUUAAAAAAAGUGUAUGCUAAAACAAGGAUCCCAUUUUUUCUUCACAGGAACAUUCUUUCGGCAUCGUGAAAACGGAAAUGGUGUGGAUGCCACGGAGAACUCUACUUCUAAAAAUGCUGAACCACACAAUGGUUUAAGUACCAAAUCAAAUUCCUUUUCAAGUGGUGAUGAUGACGAUGAUGAUGAUGAUUAUGGCGAUGAUGAACUAUCAGGCUCUGAAAAAUUGCUGGACAAUGAUAUGUGAUCACUGCAA